UUUUUAGGAGUUAUUUCAUUAUUUAAAUUAAUAAUAUUAACAUUAAGGUGUUACCAACAUCUUCUAUAUUUCUAUACGUAAGAAUGCACGAGUAAGGUGAAGCAUCUUGAGUCCCACUCUUUCAUGCACAUUCAUUAUUAAACUCUCAAAUAAAGAUAGUGUGUGUUGUUAUUGCACCAUUUCUCUGUCUUUCUUUCUAUCAUCUUCCUUAUGGCUUCUGCAACACCCAAAGAGAUAGUGAGAGAGCUCCCACCUCUCAUCCGCGUCUACAACGACGGAACCGUGGAACGCCUCCUAGGCUCUCCGCAGGUCCCACCCUCCCUCCAAGACCUCCAAACAUCGGUUGCAUCCAAAGACAUAGUAAUCUCCGAAAACCCCUCCAUCUCGGCGCGCCUGUAUCUCCCCAAACUCAACUCCCACAUCGCCCAAAAGAUCCCAAUCCUCCUGUACUUCCACGGCGGCGCGUUCUGUCUUGAAUCCGCAUUCUCCUUCCUCCACCACCGCUACAUCAACAUCUUAGCUUCCGAAGCCAAAGUUGUGGUGGUUUCCGUGGAGUACAGGCUGGCCCCAGAGAACCCUCUUCCUGCGGCGUAUGAAGAUAGCUGGGAAGCUCUCAAAUGGGUAACCUCUCAUUCCAACAUCACCAACGGUGAACCUGAACCCUGGUUGAUAAACCACGGUGAUUUUAACAGGUUUUACAUAGGUGGUGACACUGCAGGUGCCAAUAUUGCACACAACGCAGUUCUUCGUGUGGGUGUUGAGAGCGGGGGUUUGGUAGGGGGUGUGAAAAUAGCGGGUGUGGUUCUUGCUUUUCCGUUGUUUUGGAGCUCCGAGCCCAUUUUGUCCGAACCGGUGGAUGGGUUUGAGGAGAGUUCGGCCAUGCAGGUAUGGAGGUUUGUGUACCCUGAUGCGCCACAUGGCAUUGAUAACCCUUUGAUCAAUCCUUUGGGUUGUGGGGCUCCUAGCUUGGCCUCACUAGGGUGUUCCAAGAUGUUGAUUUUUGUGGCGGGGAAGGAUGAUCUUAGGGACAGAGGGAUUUGGUACCAUGAUGCUGUUAAGGAAAGUGGGUGGGAGGGUGAUGUGGAACUGGUUGAAGUGGUGGGAGAGGAACAUUGUUUUCAGAUUUACCAUCCUCAAACUCAGAAUUCUAAGAUCAUCAUCACUCGCAUCGCUUCUUUCCUUGUUUGAACACCAACUGGUGGAAUAAAUUGGAGAAAGGGUGUUUUUGUUGCAGAGAGAUGAUACUUUGUAAGAGAAAAAGGGUGUUGGUAAAAGAAAGUAUCGUCAGUCUUUGUGUUUUGUGUUGUUGCAUUCUCACCAAUUUUAAUCUUCCCUCUUCUCUUUUCUUAACGAGAAAUGAUAGGUUGCCAAUGAUGACCACUUUUUUACCA